CCUCAUCGACUCUGUCUCUCUCUCUCUCUCUCCAGACUCGACAGUCUCUUGAUCGAUCCAUGCAACAACUCCAAAGAUUCUGCAGUCCCCUUAUAUCUGCCCCUUGACUGAAUGACAUUUCCUCUGAAAACAAAACAGCACUAUUUUUUCCAGUGGGUAUCAUAAAAGACAGAUUUGAAAGGCAGUUGCAUGCUUCUGCCUGUCCCCAUCAUCUCUUUUUGUUUCUUUCUUCUCGUCUCCUCCUUGGAGCUCCGGGUGGUUUAAAGCGUUGGCCUUGUGAGGCUAAACCAAUCCAAUUAACUAGUGAGGUGAUGAUGUAUGGGAGUGGAAGUAGAAGCAGAUAUCCCUUCACAGAAUCCCAAUGGCAAGAGCUGGAGCACCAGGCGAUCAUCUUCAGAUACUUGGUCUCAGGUAUCCCCGUACCAAAUGAUCUCAUCCUUCCCAUCAGGAGAAGCCACUUGCUGGAUUUCCCAACACUGUGUUUUCCUCAUCUUCCUUCAGCUGGGUGGGGGUGCUUCCAGAUGGGUUGUGGGAGAAAGGUAGAGGACCCAGAGCCGGGGAGGUGCAGGAGAACUGACGGGAAGAAGUGGAGGUGCUCCAAGGAGGCCUGCCCAGACUCCAAGUAUUGUGAGAGGCAUAUGCACAGAGGCAAGAGAAGUUCAAGAAAGCAAGUGGACUUGUCUCUGGCCUCCAACCCAACAUCUUCGCGACUGUCAUCUCCAUACUCUUCUCUUCUUUCCUUGUCACCACCUGAGGCCGACCGUGCUCUUUUCCCCUCUUCAUCUUCUUCAGGAUCUCCUAGUAUUAGCCUCUCAGCCCAGAAUAAUAUUCCCUAUUCUCAUUUGGAAACUGUGUCCCUCUCAGCUGAUAAAAGUAACAGGGAGUUGUAUGGACUCAAGGAGGAUGUAAAUGAAUAUAACUUCUUCUCAGAAGACUCCCGGGCUGAAAGGGAGGGGAAGUUUAGGCCACUGGUGUUGAGCUCCAUGGGCGAGAUUCAACAGAGCUCUGAUCAAAAUCUGAUUACUAACUUCGCAAUUGCUUUGGCUUCUGAGGAAGACAAAGUUGUGGAGUCGGAGGGGGACUCCCGAAAGGCAAGUUCUUUCGACUGUUUAUUUGAUGAGUGGCCUGAAAGAAGCACGGGAGCAUGGAUAAUUUUGGAGGAGAACCAGUCGAAACGAGCAUCCUAUUCGAACACCCAGCUCUCGAUUUCCAGUUCCCAGUAUCACAAUGGUUUGAUGAUGCUUGAAUUAUGAAGACGAGCUUACUUUUCAAGAGAAGCGAUCAAAGGUUCAUGGAACGCUGUCAAAUUGUUGUCGAUAUGUUUGAGCUCUCCAUCCUCUUACUCUUUCUCUUCCCCUGGUCUUGCUGGUCAUGUUUCUUUUUUUCUUGUAAGUUGCUGGUCUUGUUUCAAUAAAUGAGAAGAAACGUUUGAGGUCAAGAUCUGUUUUUGCUAAUGAAAACAGAUCUGUUUGAGGUCAA